GUCACCGCUUUGGAGGAGCCGCUACCGGAAAUAGGAAGGUCUGGUGCUGAGCCUGCCCGGGAGGCCCCUUGCGCCGCUGCAGGAAGAGGCAGAUCUGAAUUCUCCCCACAUUUCUUCCUCCACGUGUGAAAUAAAUAUCCAACAUGCCCCAUCGGACUAUUCAUCUUUUUCGGAAGGGUCUCCGGCUACAUGACAACCCCACUUUGCUAGCUGCACUGAAGUCUUCUGAAAUCGUAUAUCCAGUUUACCUAUUGGAUAGAAAUUUUUCAACAUCUGCAGCUAGAAUGGGAACUUCACGUUGGCAUUUUCUCCUGCAGACUCUGGAAGAUCUCCAGACAAACUUAAAGAAAUUGAACUCUUGCUUAUGGAUUAUUCAAGGGGAGUAUGAGGCUGUAUUGCGGGAACAUGUUCAAAAGUGGAAUAUUACCCAAGUGACUUUCGAUGACGAGAUUGAACCAUAUUACAAGGAAAUGGAGAAGACUAUCCAAGUUAUGGGGAAAGAAAUGGGAUUUGAAGUAUUUUCUUUGGUGGGGCACACUUUGUAUGACGUCAGACGGAUUGUGGAACUAAACGGAGGGACACCACCAUUGACGUACAAAAGGUUUCUUCAAAUACUAACAGUGCUUGGAGAUCCUGAGAUGCCUGUGCAAGACAUUACGGCUGAGAAUUCACAAAAACUCAGUCCUCUCCCUGAAGUGGGUCUGGCUGAGUGUUACAGGGUGCCUCUCCCUGAGGACCUUGGGUUUUCCAAAGAGUACACGUCAUCUUGGAGAGGAGGGGAAACUAAUGGGCUCCAACGACUUGAAGAGCACCUGAAAAACCAGGGUUGGGUAGCAACGUUUGCUAAGCCAAGAACAAUCCCAAAUUCUCUGCAUCCAAGUACUACGGGCUUGAGUCCCUAUUUCAGCUUGGGCUGUUUAUCAGUUCGAAUGUUUUUUCACAGGCUGUCAAAAAUUUAUGCUCAGUCAAAGAACCAUUCCCUGCCACCAGUAUCUCUUCAAGGACAGCUACUGUGGAGGGAAUUCUUUUAUACGGUAGCAUCAGCAACACCCAACUUUACAAAAAUGGUUGGGAAUCCCAUCUGUCUUCAGAUAGAUUGGUACCAAGAUGCAGAGAAACUCCACAAAUGGAAAACGGCACAGACAGGAUUUCCCUGGAUUGAUGCCAUCAUGACUCAGCUCCAUCAGGAAGGCUGGAUCCACCAUCUUGCUCGUCAUGCAGUGGCCUGUUUCCUGACACGUGGAGACCUCUGGAUCAGUUGGGAAGAAGGAAUGCAGGUGUUUGAAGAAUUGCUUCUGGAUGCAGAUUAUAGCGUGAAUGCAGGGAACUGGAUGUGGCUGUCAGCCAGCGCUUUCUUUCACCAGUACUCGCGCAUUUUCUGUCCUGUUCGCUUUGGCAAGCGCACAGAUCCCGAAGGGCAAUACAUCCGAAAAUACCUCCCAGUGCUGAAGAAUUUCCCCUCCCAGUACAUUUAUGAACCUUGGGUAGCACCAGAAGAGACACAGAUCGAGGCAGGCUGCAUUAUAGGUAAAGAUUAUCCCUUUCCUAUUGUAAACCACAAAGAGGUCAGUGAUCACAAUCUACAGCUGAUGAAACAGGUUAGAGAAGAACAGUAUAAAACGGCUCAGCUCACAAGAGAUGAUGUGGAUGAUCCAAUGGAAAUGUGGCUAAAGCGUGGAUGUUCUGAAGAAACCACACAAAAGAGAAAACUUGCCAGAAGCAGUGAACAAGAACAAACUGAUUGACUGACGGCCCAGUACUAUUUAGGUUUACUCAGGAGUAAGUCCCACUUUAUUGAUUGGGACACACUUCCAAGCACUUAUUAAGCAGGCCACAGAAACUCCUAGAGACUUCUCAAAAUCAAAAAGAAGUGGUGAGCAGAAUAGGGUGG